CCUGUCUGGGUAUACAUUUUCUGAUAAGAAUGAAAUCGCGACUGGCUAACAUUAUUAUAAGUUUAUGAAUUAAAAAUGCCUUAAGAUACGUAUCGGAAGUGCCAUGUAGUGUUAACCCAGUGCCAUAUAGUGUGGGAAUGGAGCACCAAUCAAAAGCAAUCACCAAUAGGCCCAAACUAGGCCGAUACUAGUCGCGAAAGGAUUCCAUCGCAUCAUCCGCCCAUCACCAUCACCAGAAUGUCCAACGAUGUGCAGGUGGCCCGGGUGGCAAAGAUAGCCACCGAUGUCCCUCGUCGCAAUAGCAAGCAGCGGGAGUCCAGCGGUUUCCAGGGCAAGCACUCCGGCAGUGCGGCUGGCGAGGAUUUCGAGUACGUCUUUGGGAGCAUUUCGCCGAGGGGAGGGGGACCCAUUGCCAGGCAUCUGAUGGGAUCCUGCGAGCUAGACUCCCCGGAGCACACGCAACGAGACACCACUGAAAGCGACAACAACAUCUCCAGCUGCUCCACGCUAGACAUUGUCAACAAAGUUGAGCAACUGUCGGUGCAGCAACUGGAGAACCGGGUGCGGGAUCUAACCCAACGUCUUCAGCAGGCGGAAAGACAACUCACCGAGAGCAACUCAGAGCGGGAGAUAUGCCACAAGCGGUUGGAGGUGGUCAGCCAGGCCCACGAGUGCCGCAUCACCGAGAUGCACUGCGUCAUUGCGGAGUUGAGCAAGAAACUGCGCAGCAAACAGGAUCACAUCAUCAUGGAGGAACAGGAGCCCGAGGGAAGUGAACUAAGCUAUCAGGAGGGUUCUGUGUACAACUCUGAGGUAAAUCUCACCAAUCCCGAUGCCGAGUGCCAGACCGAACCGCUAGAGGACUUCGAGGGCGCCUGCAGCACCACCAGCGUAGGCAACAUUGACCGCAAGCCACCGGAACUGAGCCACAAGGGACAAGUGGAGGCUCUGCAGGAGGAAGUGCUGCACUUGAGGGCUCAGAUUGCCUUGCUUCAGGCGGAGAUUUCCACCAAGGAUGCUGCUAUAGUGGAGGAGCAGACCAAAGUCGCCUUUUUCGGCUGCGAAACGGAGGUUAACGAGUGCGGCCAACACCUCAACGAUCUGAAUGCUUGCGUUUCCUUGACCAGCCCACAGAAACGAGUUCCCGCCGUGCCGAAAAUGGCGGAGCGGGUGAGAUUGCGGUGUGCCAGCAAACAUGAAUCUAGUAAAGAUCCGUCUCCCGAACAGCAAACUUCAUUAAGUAACGAGCACAUUAAUCUGGUGGAGCAUUUGGUGUGUGAACUGAAGGAGCAGAACCUUUUUAUGGAAAGCUUUAUGGAGCCCAUGCAACUAAGCAAGGAAUUGGAGCGAAUUCAGCGACGAGUGGAACACUUGGAGAUGCGCAACACCAUGCUGGCUUUGACUCUGGAUGAAUGCAAAGAGCACACAGAACACCUUUAUCUUCUUUGUGGAAAAUACGAGUCCAACGCGGUGGCCCUCCAACUGGCGCUUAACUGCAGCGAUCGCGCCAUAGAAGCUUACGAUGUAAUGCUUGCUCUGUUAGAAAGCAAAUUGGCUCUUCUGGGGGAGAAAUCAGCGGCUGCUGAGGAGAGCCGUCGAUCGGUGGAAGCGGUGGCCAGACAUUUACUAGCUCGUCUGGACAGCGAAAAGAACGUGUGUGAGAAUAGUUUGGGACCGUGGCAGCACAACAUUAAUCUAGGCCCUGAAGAUGCCCCCAAGACUGGCCGUUCCUGGUGUCCCGACGACGAUAACCGCCUACGCUAUCAUGUCUCCAAGCUGAAGGGGCGACGCUCCAGUGUUCAGCACACCAUUGUCAGUCUAGAAUCUCCCUUUAGCGACAUAUACGAAAAGAAACGUUUGGCUUUGGAGAAAGAGCAAGAGUUACGCGAUGAUGACAAAAAGUCUCCAAUCGACUUGGAAACGGCCGUGAUCAUGCAGGAGCUGCUCGAACUGCGAGACGCGAAUCUUCAGCUUAAGACAAAGAUGGAUGAGGCUGAGCAGGAACGGCAGAACGCCAACGAGCGGGUGGGAAUACUCCACGAAGCCUUAAAGCAGCUGCAGGCCAGCAACCGAGUUUCCUACUCGGAAGCGGAGCACGCAGCCCUCACAGAGCAGCAGCUGGUCGAGGCUUUGACUCGGGAAACUGAGCUGAAGAGUCGCAUCCAAACGUUGCUGGCCAAUGUCACCGCCUCGCAGAAGGCUUCCGAUGAGAAGUACGAGCAACUGCAUCAAAAUGUGCGCGAGCUACAGAAGUCCAACCACAAUCUGGGACAAAUGUUGGAGCACAACAAACGCAAGUAUCAGCUUCGCGUGCGAAAGCUGGAGCAGAAAAUCGUUGACCUACGGCUGGACCACGAACAAGGCCACAAUCAUGUUCCUGAGACGACGCUGUAGGUGUAAGAACGUGCAUGACGGAUAUUAAGGAAAACUGAGAAAAAGGGUGGUGGUGCGGGCGCGCUUGUUACAUAUCCCGCAAAAGAUCUUUUCCUCUCGAUCAUAUCGCUUAUUUUACCUUCAACGCAAUGCCCAUCGAAAUCGGAGGCACACGCCCAGAAGUAAAUCUUGAAUCCGACAUGACCAAGACAGUAUCACGAAUGUGCCAUGCUACUAACUUGCAGCCGGCUGGGGUUGGGGCUUUGUCCUUUCCCCGCUCAUCAGUCUGCAGCAACUACAUACUCUAAAACAUACAUAUUCAGAGGUGCCAUGAGCAAGGCUCCAACCUAUCCAGAUAUCCGUGGAAUUGGAGUAUUCGUCUCUGGACCACAAGCAAUUACAUAUACACACAUACGACUAGGCAAACUAAGGAGUUACUCACGACGCAUACACGGGAUCCUAUAUUUAUACAAUGUAUUCGCAUUUUGCUUGUUAUAUGAAUUCAAUAUGUAUUUAAAAUUGUACAAAUUAUAACAUGUCUACUGAAACUAA